AUGCCGUCCAACGACCCCAAGUCCAUCACAAGCACCAAUGCAGCAGCCAAGGACGCUGGCUUCCCUAGCUUUUACCAUUUCCUGCUCUCGUACGGUCUGCACGUGCACAAUUCAGAAGAUAUUGAGGAGGGCAAGGCGAUUUUGAGGGGAAUGGGGUAUGGUGUGUAG